CUAGUUUUUGUUGUAGUGGAAAACGAGUGAUCACUGUUCGAGCUCGUAACUGCAUAUAUAACCAGUUAUCGUUAAUAACGCCCAUCGCUACCACACAAAAUGUCACUUCAAAGGUCACCUUGGUAAAGUUCGGAUUCAAAUUCCUGAAGAUAUAAUAAAUAAUUUCGGUGACCGGAAUCUCUUUUUAACCCUUAACGAUGGACGGAUCGUCACAGAAGUUCAUCGAGCGGGGUUCCCACAAGGGUAAAGGCCUUGCUGUUUUUACCAGCGGUGGUGACUCGCAGGGAAUGAAUGCCGCCGUACGAUCUGUAGUGCGUAUGGGCAUAUACCUUGGAUGCAAAGUAUACUUCAUUCGCGAAGGAUACCAGGGUAUGGUAGAUGGAGGUGAUAACAUAGAAGAGGCUAACUGGUCCUCUGUCAGCUCCAUUAUUCACAAGGGAGGCACUAUUAUUGGAUCAGCGCGCUGUAUGGACUUCAUCAAGAAAGAGGGACGUUUGAAGGCAGCCUAUAACCUGGUGACCCGUGGUAUCACCAACUUGGUAGUAAUCGGUGGUGACGGUUCAUUGACUGGUGCGAACCUCUUCCGCCAAGAAUGGUCCAGCCUCCUUGAUGAGUUGUUGGAAAACAACAAGAUUACCAAAGACCAGAGGGAGAAAUACAAGUAUUUACAUAUAGCUGGAAUGGUGGGAUCUAUUGACAAUGACUUCUGUGGCACAGACAUGACAAUUGGCACUGAUUCUGCGUUACAUCGCAUCAUUGAGGCUAUUGAUGCCAUUGUCAGCACUGCCUACUCUCACCAAAGAACAUUCAUUAUGGAGGUCAUGGGCAGACACUGUGGAUAUCUUGCUCUGGUCACGGCCUUAGCGUCCGAAGCGGAUUACGUGUUUAUUCCUGAGGCGCCGCCCAACGUGGACUGGCAAAAUAAACUUUGUAAUAAGUUAGAACAGGAGAGGAAGUCGGGGCAGCGUUUGAACAUUAUAAUCGUGGCGGAGGGCGCCAUCGACCGGGAGGGUAAGCCCAUCACCGCCGAGUUGGUGAAGAAGGUGGUAGUGGACAACCUGCAGCAGGACACGCGCAUCACUGUGCUCGGCCACGUGCAGCGUGGAGGAUCGCCCUCGGCUUUCGACAGGAUUCUGGGAUGUCGUAUGGGUGCGGAAGCGGUGAUGGCGUUGAUGGAGGCGACGCCGGAGACGGAGCCAUGUGUCGUGACUCUGGACGGCAACCAGGCGGUGCGUCUGCCGCUCAUGGAGUGCGUACGCCGGACUAAGGCCGUUGCUCAGGCCAUGGCUGACAAGAACUGGGAUUUAGCGGUGCAACUGCGCGGGCGCAGUUUCGCACGCAACUUGGACACUUACAAGAUGUUGACGCGCCUGAAGCCGCCCAAAGAAGCCUUCAAUGAGUCCGGGAAACCCGCUGAAGGCCUGACACUAGCGGUGAUGCACGUGGGCGCGCCCGCAUGCGGUAUGAACGCGGCUGUACGCUCGUUCGUGCGCAACUGCAUCUACCGCGGAGACACCGUGCUCGGCAUCCAUGAUGGCGUGGAAGGCUUCAUCAGCGGGAACAUCGUCAAGAUGGAAUGGUCGGACGUAACCGGGUGGGUGGCCCAGGGCGGCGCGUUCCUUGGCACCAAGCGUACCCUGCCUGGAGACAAGAAGGGGGAGAUCGCCGCGCGCAUCAAGCAGUUUAACAUCCAGGGGCUGCUGAUCAUUGGUGGUUUUGAGGCCUACCAAGCCGGCCUAGAGCUGUACGACGCCCGGGCCCAGUUCCCGGAGUUCUGCAUCCCACUGGUGGUGAUCCCGUCAACCAUCAGCAACAACGUGCCCGGCACCGACUUCUCGCUCGGCGCCGACACCGCCCUCAACGAGAUCACCGAGAUCUGCGACCGUAUCCGUCAGUCCGCACAGGGUACCAAACGCCGCGUGUUCGUUAUUGAAACUAUGGGUGGCUACUGCGGUUACCUGGCUACUUUGGCAGGACUGGCUGGCGGCGCCGAUGCGGCGUACAUCUACGAAGAAAAGUUCUCCAUCAAGGACUUACAGCAGGACGUAUACCACAUGGCCUCUAAGAUGACCGGAGGCAUCCAACGUGGACUCAUCCUGCGCAAUGAGAAGGCCAAUGACAACUAUAAUACGGACUUCAUUUACCGUCUGUACUCUGAGGAGGGCAAAGGCCUGUUUACAGCCAGGAUGAACGUGCUUGGACAUAUGCAACAAGGCGGGUCCCCAACGCCGUUCGACCGCAACAUGGGCACAAAGAUGGCGGCCAAGUGCCUGCAUUGGCUGGUGGAAACCAUACAGAAGGGCCCGGCCAACAACCCCGAUAGUGCCUGCCUGCUCGGCGUCGUGAAACGCCAGUACAAGUUCACGCCACUAGAAGAUCUCAAAGCGCAGACCAACUUUGCGCAAAGAAUACCGAAGCAGCAAUGGUGGAUCAAACUCCGCCCUCUCCUCCGUAUCCUGGCGAAGCACGACUCCACCUACGAAGAGGAAGGCAUGUACAUGACAGUCGAACAGGGCGAGAUGGACUCCGAAAACGUGAUCUAAGCGCCCGCUCAAGCUGUGCACUUAUUUAUGUUUCGGCUUCGGUGCUGCCAUUUUUUUCAGCUUUGGUGUUGCCAGCGGUCUCGAAAUUAUUAUCACAAACCUUUAGACCCAGGAUCACAAAGUUAGAUAGAGAUGCGCAUUUUUAGGAGAUUUAAUUGUAGUAUUAUAAAAAUAAAAUGAAGUACGACUUUUUAGAAUUUAUAUAAAAAUAUAAUCGGUUAUUUAUAAACCUCUCAUUAGAUACGUAGGAAUUAUACACAUGACACUUGUAAUAGUUGCGGUCAGAUGAAAAUGAAAUCCUUUACUAACUAAUUUUAUAAAUAUCAGUAGCCACAAGCUAGUUCCAGUUGAGUAAUUUGUACAUUAUAGUUAUACAAUUUUAGGAAUAACCCUUGUUGAUGUUUGCUUAUUUAUUUCUAUGUUUUUACUAAACAAAACAAUUUCAUGUGGCUGUGGAGUAACUAUGUAAUAUUUACAGUGUUGGUGAUCACUAGCUUGUAUCUAGACAAUUUAUUUAUUUGUUUUAUAUACAGAUAUAAUUUAUUUUUGAGAAAUCUGUUUCGAAAUACCUAUUGGUGUUUUAAUAGUGAAAUCGAAUAAUAAAUAAGCUUUACAUUUGUAGCAUAUGCAAAUGUCUAAAAAUAUCAGACUUAGUAUCAAUUAGUAUUAUAUGAAUUGAAUGAGAUAAUCGUAACUACUGCAAAUUGUUGACAGAGAUUAAAUUAUUGUAGAUGUUAAAGUGUAUUUGAUUACUAUAAAUUAAUAUACUUUGACUAA